UUCUGGUUGGUUGCCUUCCAGAGGUAUCAUGCUUGGACAGCAACUUGAUUUCAAGCUGCCACAGUUCCGAGAGCUUUAAAUGAGGCACCGUAUGAAGCCCUGGUGGCAGUCCACAGCAGGUCUGGCUAAACGGGUGAGGGCACUACCCAGCCAUGCCCACCGUGGAUGAUGUCCUGGAGCAGGUUGGGGAGUUUGGCUGGUUCCAGAAACAAGCCUUCCUGUUGCUAUGCCUGAUCUCAGCUUCUUUAGCCCCCAUCUACGUGGGCAUUGUCUUCCUGGGCUUCACCCCUGAGCACCGCUGCUGGAGCCCCGGGGUGGCCGAGCUGAGCCAGCGAUGUGGCUGGAGUCUGGCAGAGGAGCUCAACUACACUGUGCCGGGCCUGGGGUCUGUGGACGCCGCCUCCUUCCUCAGCCAGUGCAUGCAGUAUGAGGUGGACUGGAACCAGAGCACCCUUGACUGUGUGGACCCCCUGUCCAGCCUAACUGCCAACAGGAGCCGCUUGCCUCUGAGCCCCUGCCAGCAUGGCUGGGUCUACGACACUCCUGGCUCCUCCAUCGUCACUGAGUUUAACCUGGUGUGUGGAGACGCCUGGAAAGUGGACCUUUUUCAGUCCUGUGUGAACCUGGGCUUCUUCGUGGGCUCCCUGGUGGUGGGUUACAUUGCAGACAGGUUUGGCCGUAAGCUGAGCCUCUUGCUGACCACUCUGAUUACCACCGUGUCAGGCGUGCUGACAGCUGUGGUCCAAGACUAUAUCUCCAUGCUGCUCUUUCGCCUGCUGCAGGGCAUGGUCAGCAAAGGCAGCUGGGUGUCCGGCUACACCUUGAUCACAGAGUUUGUCGGCUCUGGCUACAGAAGAACCACGGCAAUCCUGUACCAGGUGGCCUUCACGGUGGGGCUCGUGGGGCUCGCCGGGGUGGCCUACGUCAUCCCGAACUGGCGCUGGCUUCAGCUGGCGGUCUCCCUGCCUACCUUCUUCUUCUUGCUGUACUACUGGUUUGUCCCAGAAUCCCCGAGAUGGCUGUUGUCCCAGAAGAAAACCACCCAAGCAGUAAGGAUAAUGGAACACAUUGCUGAGAAGAAUGGGAAAUUGCCUCCCGCUGACCUGAAGAUGCUCUGCGUUGAGGAAGAUGUCUCGGAAAAGCUGAGUCCUUCAUUUGCCGACCUGUUUCGCACUCCCAACCUGAGGAAGUACACCCUCAUCCUGAUGUAUCUAUGGUUCUCUUGUGCUGUGCUGUAUCAGGGCCUCAUUAUGCACAUGGGGGCCACAGGUGACAACAUCUACCUGGACUUCUUUUAUUCUUCUCUGAUGGAGUUCCCCGCGGCCAUCAUCAUCCUUGUCACCAUUGACCGCAUCGGUCGCAUCUACCCAAUAGCAGUAUCAUAUCUGGUGACAGGGGCAGCCUGCCUCCUUAUGAUCUUUAUCCCACACGAGCUGCACUGGCUGAAUGUCACCCUCGCUUGUCUUGGCCGCAUGGGAGCCACCAUUGUGUUGCAGAUGAUCUGCCUGGUGAAUGCUGAGCUGUACCCUACGUUCAUCAGGAAUCUUGGGAUGAUGGUAUGCUCUGCCCUGUCUGACCUGGCUGGAAUCUUCACGCCUUUCAUGGUGUACAGGCUGAUGGAAGUUUGGCAGGCCUUGCCCCUCAUUUUGUUUGGAAAUCAAAGGCCAAAGAAAACACGAUUUACCUUCAGGUUCAAACAGACAAAUCUCCAGGUAACUGACUGGGACACUGUGCCAGGAGCUGAGUGGCAGAGAGGAAGCAAGACUCACCAUUUGGAGGAUUCCCAGAAGCCUUCACCCUCCCGUACCCGUCUAUGUAUUCACCAGGUUCCAAAUGAAUUAUCAACUCUAAAGGGUUUUCUGAAAGCACGCUGUCUUGUUUCUUUUGACUCCCCAAAUGCACCGGUUGUAUUCAGUCUGUCUGUCUGUCCUGGUGAGAGUUGCCGAUACUGUUGAUUCAGAGGUUUCAUGCUUUAAAGCAGGGGUUCUCAACAUGUGGAUCAUGACCCGCCCCCCAAAGACCAUCAGAAAACACAGGUAUUUAGAUUAUGAUUCAUAAAUGAUGCAAAAUUACAGUUA